UGUCCAAUGGAUUAUUUGCUCAAAGUCGUAGCACUCCUUGUCACGGCCUCUGCCAUAGCCAUCCACAUCCUGAGCAGAGCCAAGAAAUCAUGUCCGGCCAACUUGCCCCCUGGCUCCAUGGGUAUUCCGGUGAUUGGCCAGAGCCUCGGCUUCGUCCGCGCCAUGCACUUUAACAGCAUCGACCAGUGGUUUUGGGACCGGAUCGACAGGUAUGGGCUGGUUUCGAAGCUUUCGCUGUUCGGCAAGCCGACGGUUCUCCUCGUCGGCCCGGCGGCCAACAAGUUCAUGUUCUUCAGCAGCUCGCUGCCGCCGUAUGUGCCCCUGUUCGCCCAGCGUGUUAUCGGGGAGAAGACCAUCUUGUCCCUCUCCGGCGACGAUCACCUGCGCAUCCGUGGCGCGCUAAUGGAGUUCCUCAAACCAGCCAUGCUCAAGCUGUACGUUAAGAAGAUCGACGCCGAGGUGAGGCACCACCUAGAGGAGAAUUGGGCCGGCCGGACGACCGUCACGGUGCUGCCACUGAUGAAGCGGCUGACGUUCAACAUCAUCUCCGCGCUAGUCUUCGGCUUUGAGGCGGGCGCCGUGCGGGACGCCUUCGCCGAUGAUGUGGGGCGCAUGCUUGCGGGCAUCAUUGCGAUGCCGGUGGACCUGCCGUUCACGGCUUACGGCCGGAGCAUCAAGGCUGGCCAAAGGGCUCGACGGCUACUCAGGGGGAUCAUGCGGGAGAAGAAGGCGAAACAGGGGGACUCGCCAAACAAGAACCUGAUCAGCCACCUGCUCAGCAUGAGAGACGAGAAUGGCCAGCAGCUGCUGACCGAUGAGGAGAUCGUCGACAACAGCUUGAUCCCCAUGAUUGCCGGCUACGACACGACGUCCAUACUCAUGACGUUCAUGGUCCGCCACCUCGCCGGCGAUCCGGCCACCCUCGCCGCCAUGGUGCAAGAGCAUGAAGAGAUUGCAAGGAACAAGUCUGAUGGGGAGGCUCUUACAUGGGUAGACCUAUCAAAUAUGAAGUUCACAUGGCGAGUCGCACAGGAAAUACUUCGCCUCAUCCCUGUAGUGUUCGGGGGCUUUAGAAUAGCAUUGGAGGAUGCCGAGUUCGAUGGCUACCGCAUUCCAAAAGGAUGGCAGGUGUUUUGGUUGGCUAGCGCAACGCAACUGGAUCCUAGCAUCUUCCCCGAGCCGGCUAAGUUCGACACCUCCCGGUUUGAGAACCUGUCAUCCACGACGCCGCCGUGCUCCUUCGUCGGCUUCGGCACCGGCCCCAGGAUAUGCCCCGGGAUGGAGUUUGCCAAGGUCCAAACACUGGUGAUGAUGCACUACCUGGUGAGACACUUCACAUGGAAGCUCUCCUGCAAGGAGAACACAUUCACAAGAGACCCCAUGCUGUCGCCGCUGCAUGGCCUGCCCAUACAACUAGAACACAGGACCUCCCUUUGA